AUGAGUAAGAUAGUGAUAUUAAUUUACUUAUCUUGUAUCAUUUCUUUUGCUUCAGCAGAGCUUUAUACCUUUGAUGACUUUGAAUUAUUUUCAGAAAUAGAAUAUCAAGUAGACAUUUCAAGUUAUUUUGAUGAAGAAAAAGAUGAAGAAGCUCUUGAUGCAUUUAUGAAUCUAUUUGAGGUAAGUGAUUUUAUGCUAGAAGAUGAAGGAUUCUUCGGUGAUUUGUGGAAUGGAGCUAAGAAGAUAGCAGGAGACGCUGUCAAUGCUGUCAAAGAAACAGCAAUAAAAGUAGUUGAAAAGGGAACCAAAUUUAUGGCAGAAAACGGAGAAAAAAUUUCAAAAGUACUUGACAAAGUGGGAGAUGUUGCCGGAUUUGUUGGAGACAAGAUUGUUGGUCCACUUUCUAAUGUGGCAGCAACUGUUGGACCAGCAUUUGGCCCAGUUGGAGUAACUAUUGCUGGAGGACUAAAAACAGCUGCAGGUGUUCUUAAAGGAGUCGAAGUUGGUGCACAUGCUGCUGCAGGUGCAACCAGAGCUGUUACAGAAUUCUCUAAAAAUUAUCAAAAUGGAGGUGGAACACCAGAAGAAAGAAUGAAACGAGCCGCUGGAAAGGCAUGGGAAAAAUUAAAAGAUGAAGGAAAGAAGUUCAUUGCAAAUGAAGCAGGUAAUUUAGCAGGAAAGGUUGCUGGUAAAUUUGGAGGAAAGUUAAUGUCUGGCGCAGGAAAGUUAAUUGAUAAAGGAUUAGGAAAAGCGUCUAAAUAUAUUGGAAAAGGUGCGUCUGAAUGGCUUGGCAAUAAGGCUAAAGAUUUUAUGCAAAAUAAAAUAGAAGAAGGUGUUGACAAAGUUAAAGAUAAAGUAACUAGUAAACUUGGAGAUGCUAUGGGAGUUGAUCCUUCUACUGGAGUACUCAGUAUUGAUAAAAUUAAAGAAAAAGUACAGAAAGGAAAAGAUAUGUAUAAAAAAGGAAAAGAUACAAUUAAUAAAGGGAAAAAAGUCCUUGGAUUAGAUAAGGACAAGAAAUCUAAAUCAAAUAAAUCUAAAUCAAAUAAAUCUAAAUCAAAUAAAUCUAAAUCAAAAAAAGUUAGUCCACAAAGUAAUUCUAAAAGAAAAUCAUCAACACCAAAAAGAAACACCAAAUCAAGAAAGUCAUCGACAUCAAAAAGAAAUACUAAACCAAAAAAAUUGUCAGUAUCAAAAAGAAAUAAUAAGUCAAAAAAGUCACCAACAUCCAAACGAAAUAAUAAACCAAAAAGAAGACAAACAACAAAAAGAAAUACCAGACCAAGACCCUCUCCAAAGAGAAGACAAACAAAUAAACAAAGUAGUUCACAAAAGAAGAAAAAAUAA